GCACAACACAGCAGACCAUAUACAUUCCACCGUCUUCCCUGACCAUCCUCCCCACCUCGCCACUGUUCAUGUUCAUCAUCUCUGAUCUACAGUGGACAUCAUCACUAACCAUUACCAUUUCCUGCAAAAGUAGAUCUUCACCGGCUCUUUUUACCUCUGAACUAAACAUUACGGCCACACCACAAGGAAAAACAUCCCACUGAAAUUAGCACUUUACGAGUACAAGAACACAAGUUGCUUCCGCAAGGGAAAAAAAUUGCGAUGGCAUCAACUUCAUCAGUUGCACGCGGACUCAUUGACCUCGGCGAGGAGAUGGAAGCUGCCAUAGCUAAACUCCAGUUAGCCAUUAUUGCAAAACCAAUAACAACUACUCCACAAGUACCAACAACUGCAGAUGUUGAAGCAAUGUUUUCUGAUCAUUAUCGGGCAUCACCUCAACCAGUAGAAAUAUCCUACUUCCCACAAGAUUUCAUUCUCCAAUUUGAUGAUAAGGAAAACUAUGACACAAUACUCAGCUAUCAAAUCCUCACUGAUAACAAAUAUACAUUUUCAUUAACACCAUGGACUAAUGAUGCCAGAUGCCACCUAGAAGCAUGGAAAACUCCAGUAACUAUAGACAUUCAUGGCAUACCUCCCCAUGCAUUCCAUCAUAAAAGUCUUUCAGUACUACUAGAUCCAUAUUGUGAAAUUGAAGCUUAUACCAUGGACAAGAAAUCAGGUAUCUGUACUGUUGAAGGCACUGCACGAAGUGUAAACUCUAUCCCAACCACAGGUUUCCUCUCAUAUCCACAGUGUACUGGAUAUGAAACAGUAAUACACACAUUUCCAAUUACCAUGCAAACCAGCUUAUUGACUGUACCUAAAAGGUACUCCUCUGACUGGCAUCAACCUCAGCACUUCAAUAUAAAGCCAAUCUGCAAUAAUCCAUCUCGCACUGAAGAACGGGAACAACAAGAAGACUACGACAUGGUCAGACAAUGCGAUAGAGCUAUAUUUGAAGCUGAACUGGAAGAUAAAAGAAGAAUGAAUAACCCACCAAGCUUUCAUGGAUUUGCGUACUCCGAAGAAACUUCAGAUGAGGAUGACCCCAAUGACGCUUACUACUAUGCAGAUCCAGAUCGUGAACCCAAAUAUUGGUAACCUAACAAACCAGUCCCUGCAGCAAACCGGCAAGACCCCCAAAACAUUCUCAUGCGAAGCAAGUGGAAAAAAUACUAUCAUUUCCAAGACUCCAACUCAUGUCCUCUUCCUGUGUAUAUACUUAUAUAUGUCUAUAAAACUAUCAGCUUGUAUAUAACUAGAUAUCUAUUUUGCAUAUCAAUAAUUUAUGAUACCCUAUCGUUAUCCAAUUAGCUACACAAAAUACAAACUACUUUUGCACUGA